AUGGCGGGCGCCGGCCAGACGGCGGGCUCCACGUCGCGCGCGCCGACAGCGCAUGGCAGUCGACUAACCGCGUCGGUGCGCGCGGUGUGCCCGCUCGACGCCAUUGUGCGGCGUGCGGCGACGGUUGCGCGACGCACACGCCUGCCGGACGGGGGCGGGGGGACUCGCGAGAUCUGCGCGUGCGGCGUGGCAGCGCGCGAAGAGCUUCUCCAGGGCGACAUAAAACUCUCGCGGUCGAUGUGGGCGCCCGUCGCCCCCGCCUCUGUGACCCGCUCCCCCGCCCCGCUGGGCACUGCAGGCGACGCUGCCCCCGCCGCCGUGGUCCAAGUCGGUGCCGUGCCGCGCGAGAAGGCCCGUGCGCACGCCGGGCGAGGAAUCGCUCGUCCCAGAUCCCGAUCGGCGCGCAAACACAAACGCGCCGUGCUCCAGGUGCCCAUGGUCAGCACGCCGAUUCCCUGUUCCCGCCCUGCCGCCCCCGCCCAUCUGCCCGCCGUUGACCUCGUCCUCGCCCACGCCCCGCUCCGCCCGCGUCAGCAGGCGUCCGCCUCGCCGCCACCCCUGGCCCCGCAAGUCGGCGGCUGGUUCCCGUUCGACGCCGGGCCCCUCGCCGCCCGCGUCGUCCGCUUCACCAUCGACGAGAUCCAGCAGGCCUCCCGCGGUCGCAGAUACGGCCAGGCCGACAAGCGGCCGCUGGACCCGCCCCCCGUCGUCCGCCUCCGCGCCUUCCAGCUCCAGCACGCCGGCACGCCGUACGAGGCCGAGGUCGAGCUCGACAGCUACGAUGACCAGCUCACGCACGACCUCAUCUGCCACAUCGACCUCUUCUCUGUCCCCCGCCCGCGUGUUCUUCGCCCGCCCACGGCCUCGCUCUCCCCCGCUCAGCAGCAAGAACAACCGCAGCAACCGCACGCGUCCGCGGAGUCCUCGACCUCAACGUCCACCUCGCGGCAGCAAGUGCCGGAGCCGGGCGCACCGUGGCCGUUCAGGCCGGAGGCGAUGUGCACGGAGCAUUUCGGGGGGAGCACGUUCGUCGCGUGCCGUCCGGUGGAGUACCAGGGUGCGCAGGCGGCGAUGUUCGUCUUCGCGGGCUGGUUCGCACCGCGGUACCGCGUCUUCCAGAUCGGCGGCAAGAUCUUCUCGACCAAGAACUUCCCCGGCCUCCCUCCGUCGACGGAGCUCACAAAGCAACUCUCCUCGCAAGGCAUCUCCCUCAACUCACGCCUCACCAAGCGCAAGGCCGGCACGCCCAAGUCCACCGGUCCCCCUGCCCCGCGUUCCCGCGUCGGCGAGCGGGAGCGACUCGCGGCAGCAAAGCGCAAGCGUGAGGCGGACGCCGCCGCUACGGCCUCGUCGCCGUCGCAGGCGGGCAGCAGCCCGCCCUCGGUGCAAGACCGGUACUACGACCAUCACCCGCAGGCUCCGGCUCAGGGACACGGUUCAUCACCGUGGCCGCACCCUGGCUCGCAGCAGUGGACGGGGUACGGCGGUGUGCCGGUCGGAGUCGGGGCGGAGCCGCCGCCGGACUCGCCGGAGGUACUGAGCUCGGGGCAGGACGACGGGGCGGUGUAUCGCCCGUGGUGA